AGACGUUCAACGUUCAACGUUCAGUUUCGGUGUCCACCAAGGGGUGGACACUAAAUACCAUGUCACGGCUACACUUAUAUACUGUACGAAGAGAAAGAACCUCGUGGUUGUCGUGGUGGAAACAAGGGAAACGUGGCUCACUGGUCUACCGACCUCUUUUGUCUUUUGUUCAGCAUCCGCUGACAUUUCUAUGGAGUUACUCGCUCUAACCUUGUGCCAUUGGCAUUCAGUGGCAUUCAUACCGCCCGAUGAGGUAGCCCGAUUCCAAACAGGAACUGCCUCCGCUGACUCACGUCUCUUCAACCAUACCAUCGUCUCUCCAUCUCUUCCUCCACGGUUUUGGUCUUUAUCAACUUUGGCGACUUUACGUGACGUACUACAGCUAUCAAAUGACUAUGCUGUCGCUUCAUACAUCUCUGUGCCUUGCCUGCUCGUCUUCUCUGCCGCCGAGGAAGUCUACAAAUGAUACUACCUUCCAUACCCCUUGCUGCGGUCGACCGAUAUGCUCACGAUGCCUUGUAUCCAACCCUCGUUUGGCUAGGUACGACCCCUGCUUGCGAUGUCUUGGUGGUGUAGGUGUCGUCAAGGCUCGAUCGAAGGCACAGGGUAGUCGAGUGACCAGCUAUGACUGCGAGGAAUCUCGCGGAGACAUCUCGCCUAGGAACAUAGACGGCGGUGUUCACGACGAAGAUGUAUUUGUAUUAGGUCAUGAUAACGAUGAUGAAGAGCAAGAGGAUGCAGACGAGGAAUAUAUUCCAGGAGUCACACAGUCCGCCGAUACAUCUCUAGUUCUUCCCCCUAUGCUUGCAGAGUGCGAACACCGGGCCUCAGUGGCUAGUCCAACCCAAACGACGAUGGAUAAUAAUGAAGAUGAAGAGAAGGCAGAAACCAAGGACACUAACGUAUCAUCGCAUUCUGACCCUCUCAAGUAUUAUAUACGUCCGGGAGACACCCUUCUGGGUAUAUCUUUCAAGUUGGGAAUCGAUAGACGACUUUUAUGCCGCCUGAAUAACCUUCCGCCAAGCACACUUCAUACCACUCCUCAUAUCCUUCACACACGUACCUACCUCACGUUACCUCCGUCAACAAAGGUUCCGCCUUUGAGCGAGAACGAUGCAAUAGUAGAUGAACAGCGGCGGGCUCAACGCGAGCGCGAGGUGGCUGAGAAACGCUUCCAGGCGUUGACCAAGGAGGUAGAUACCUCCAUAGCAAAGACAUACGUCUCACUCGCUGAAUCCCCUCUUGACGAAGAAGACGUCAACUAUGGGUUAGGCAAGGAGGCGGGGCUGAAGUGGUCGAAGGAGGUCAAGACACCUCUUGCAGUGACUUCUCAGAAUUCAUUGGAGGGCCGAGCCAUUGACCGUUACCUGGAUGAUGAUGAGUGGGAGGCGAGAGAGCGACGUGAAGGUAGAAAAGUCUCCAUACCCAAGUUCCCUCUGCUCGAAUCUGCCGCCGGCUCAAGUAAGGAAGGUGCACGUAGUAAUUGGAUAUCAUUGUCGUGGUGGAAGAGGGGUCAAUAAUCAUGCCUAUUACCUCU